AUGGCUGCUAUGGUUUUAAAAGAUAAGUACUUCAGGCACUUCACGAUUUUGGAUUCAAAUUUGGGGCACAGACCUUCUGUUAUGUGGAGGAGUCUAUGGGGGUCAUUGGAGUUAUUAAAAGAAGGGUUGGUGUGGAGAGUUGGGAAUGGAAGGCAGAUUAAUAUAUGGGGGGAUAAAUGGAUACCAAAAUUAUCCACUAUGCGGGUUCAAACUCCUAGAACUCUUCUUGAAGCAGAUGCAAAAGUAUCAGAAUUUAUUAAAGAGGGUUCAAAGACAUGGAAGGAAGAGAUGAUAAAGGGUAUUUUGAAUGAAGAAGAGGUUGCAUUAGUUUGUAGUUUACCCAUGAGUACAUCAGGGUUACCAGACAAACUGAUUGGGCUCACUCACAGGAUGGACAAUUUAAUAAAGAUUGUAAAGGAUUACUACUGCCCAGUCUGUAAAAUUCAUAAGGAGACGGCAGAAAAUGCUAGUCCUGUACAGAAAUGGGUUUCAAAUGAAAGGGAGAUGCAAGAGUUGUGGGCAGAUUGGUGUGAAAAGCUGAGUAUAAAUGAUCUGGAGUUGAUGGUAAUGGUUCUUAAAAGAAUUUGGUUGAGGCGAAACAAUUUUGUUUUUGAAAACAAAUUUGAAAAGCCUGAUGUGCUAUUCAAGUUAGCCGCUGACAGUUUGUUUCAGUUUAAACAAGUUCAACAGCAGAGUCAUAAGAAUCAAGAUGCAGGUAUAAGAAGGAGGAGAUCUUGUAGAUGGAAGGCUCCUGCAAAAGACCAAGUUAAAGUAAAUUGGGAUGCUGCACUGAAGAUUAAGGAAGGUAGGAUGGGGAUUGGUGUGGUGAUAAGGGAUGAGAAUGGGGAUGUGAUGGUUUCUUUAUGCUCACAGAAAAGGAAUGUGCGAGAUCCUUUAGUGGCAGAACUACAGGCCUUAAGACAAGCUAUGAAACUAUGUGCAGACUUGAAUAUAACAGAAGUGAUAUUCGAAGGAGAUGCUUUGAAAGUGGUAAGAGCAGUAAACAAUCUUGAGUCAAGCUGGGAAUGGCAUGGUCAGGUGGUUGAAGAUAUCAAGAAGGUGCUGAGAAAUAGGACUAGUUGGAAGGUUAUACAUGCAUAUAGAGAGAGCAAUUGUGUAGCUCAUUUUCUUGCAAAAUUUUCUUUUACUGUAAAUGAGGAUAGAAUAUGGAUAGAAGAGGGUCCGGAAGGUAUGCAAGUUUAUGUACUGAAGGAUAAAAAUGUUGUUACUGAAGUUGAAUGA